UAACAUGGAAUAACUUAGGGAUUUCUUUUUUUUUUAAGAAGACUAAGAGAAAAAGAUGUUUUAUAUGACACAUUCUACCAGUGUUCCAAGUUUCAAAGUGUUUCGUUAAUGAAAAAUGUGGCCCCCGUUUUAAAAAAGAUCUGAAAAUAUGUAUCUCACCUGCUUUAAGCCUGAGAAAUAGGAGAUAAGCCCAUGAAGGUCUAUGAAUGGAAAGAAAAUAUGUGACCUGUUACUUUCAAUAUGUUAUCUAUGAGUGAACUGAGUCUGACAUUGCACAAGGGUGCAAUGGUACAAUUACUUGGCUGAUGCAAAAUACCACCUUCCUUAUGAGAAAGACACUAUAGCUUUUACUAUUAUUGGUCGACCUGAUAUGUUUGAGAAAGCUUUUAAAACAUUCGUAUGUAAUAGAACCAGCAAGCCACUUGUUGAUAUUGACUACAAGUUUAUCAUGUUUUAUAUGAAGAAGAUCCAACAGGAAUACAACAACGUCGAUAUUAUUCUCAGAAACGUACGUGGACAUCACAGCAAUCUUAAUACCAAUAUAGCCGCACACGUCACAGGUGUUGCUUACCGAUAUACUCAAUCUGAUGUCCUGCAUUAUACUUGGCCAAAGACAAAGAAGCCGCUUGAAUUUGCAGUCCACCACAAGUAUGGCGCAUGGUAUACUGUCCCAGCAGUGAUUGUUUUUCGAGAUUUCAAACUGCCCAGUCUUCUUUAUCCUCUCCCAUUCGAUGCCCUUCCAUCUCAUGAACACAGAAGAUAUGUUCUACAGUCGCUUCACAAUGGUACUAUGGAAUGGCGACAUGCUUCUUUUAUGCCAGGAAGGCAACCGUUUUCUGAGGAAGCAAAACAAUAUUUCUCUUCAAAAUUUAAUCAGAGAAUUUCAAUAGUUAAAAAAACCAAACAAUCAUGCAAAGAGGGGCGAUUCACGUAUUUCUUUAAGCAUAUUCUUCCAGCCUUUAUGCCUAUUUUAGGAUGUUGUAUGUGACAAUGAAGCUUGAAAGUAAAUUCCAAAGAUUUUCUUCCAAAUUCCUCAUAAUAGUUAUAGCAUUAAAAGAAUAGUAACUCUUUCAGAUAAUCCAACGAUGCAAACCAAACCACGAAAAUAUUGUAUUUUAUUUCAAAUCAUUUUGAGAAAUGACAGUGUUGUGUAAAUUAAUAAAAUUGCGUUUUCAUGUUGUCGCAA